AUGCAGCCGAUGCGGGUUCGGAUCGGAACGGUGCCUCUUCCUUUUUCUCCCAAUUCCCCUUCUCGCGCGGCGGUUUUGUCGUCUUCGAUUUCGCCGAAGGGGUUGCCGGUGGUGGAGCGGGUUUUAAAUCCAAAGAAAUUCUUUCAAAUGCCGGCAAACACCGCGGUGGGCGGCCACGCGCCGUCGUCGCUGUUGGAUAAUAUCGUCGAUGACGACGGCGAGGGGGUUGACGUGCUCGGAUGGGCGGGGAUUUUCGCCGAGCUGCCGAUUUACCUCGAGGGAACCCAACCAAAAGGGGAAAAGCAGGCCGUCAAGGAUGAUAAAGGGGCCUGGAUGGGGGCUGGAUCCGUUUCCGUCGUGUUAUCCACCCCGUAG